AUGUCGGAUGAAUCAGUGCGUUCUUGUAUUUUGGGUCUUUUACGUCUAAUAAAACCGCAUAGCGCUCAGCUGAGACGCCGGUGUAACGACCUAUGGUGUUACGAGUUGCUGCGUUUAUCGGGUGCUCGACUCGUGAACAGACUUAAAUACGUGAUCUGGUGGGCCCCUUUACGUGCUCUAGUGGUGGCCUAUAACAGAGGCAUAUUAAGUGGUCAACGAGUGCUGGAUGCUGUGUAUGACGAGUUACAGCGCCGCGGUGUUUUAGAAGCCCCCCGCGUAAGAGGCCUUGUCGGUGAAAUCAGAUGCUAUCGGCAGUUUUACGAUGCGGGGAGUGACGAAGAAGAGGCUCUCGCUGAGGCGACGAGAGCUGUGGAGGAAACGGAUCUAGAGCGUCAAACAGCCCUCUACCAACCGUUGCACGAGGAGGGGGUGGGGGAAGAACCUAGAGCGAGCACCUCGGCAGCCCCGGCCGAGACGAUACCGCAGCAUUUUACCAUAUAUCGGCCGUUUUACGACGCUGUGAGUGACGAAGAAGAAGAGGCUCUCGCUGAGACGACGAGAGCUGCGGAGGAAGCGGAUCUAGAGCAUCAAACCGCCCUCUACCAACCGCAGCAUGAGGAGAGGGCCGAGGAAGAGCCUAGAGCGAGCACCUCGGCACCCUCGGCCGAGCCGGUACCGUUGCAGCCCGAAUUUGAUGACGACGAGGCGUCGACUAUUCUCAACCCCUCCUUGAUGUUUAGCGAUCGGUCUGAUAUACUGGCUGUGUACCGGCACACCAGAGCUAACGAUGACGACGGAGCGAUAGCGGGUCCAUCGUAUCACCACCAUCGUCAGCAGGAAGAUGAUGACCUCGUACAACCCGAGAAUCAGCUGGGGGUGUAUCCGCUGGACGCUCAACAGGCGGAGGAGGAGGAGGAGGGGGAGGAGGAGGAGCGUCUAAACGAGGAGCGAUUAGAAGCUAGACGCUUCGGCCUAUGGUUUCAAGAGCUGAUGGAGUGUGAUUCAGAUAUACAAACGGGCGGGGGGAGAACGCGCAAUACACAGGGGUGCGAGGCUUUCGGGGAUGUGCAACCCCCGGGAGGGCGGAUCAUCAUUGCGCACGAUACAGCUCGUUAUUUCAAACGUUUUCGACUACGUGGUCGGGAGAUAACACUGCGUAUCCGCCAACCUCAAGCUGGCGCAAACGUGACAGCAUGGCUUGAAGGAGCAUUCCGCGAUCUUCUGACGCAUCUCACGAGUCACUGUGAGGGUGGUGACUACGCGGGGAUCUCGUUCUCCGCGAGCUGCUUAGCGCACGGCCCCGUCUGGCUUUCAUUCCGCCCUGUCCGCGCCUAUACAUUUGUAGAUAUCUGGCAAUUAAUAACAAACAUAGCUCAAAGUGCAGCGUCUCUGGAUAUUAAUGAUUCUUUCCAUAUAAAAGUAUGUAUCGUUAAAGGUUUGGAGGGCAGGGGGCGAAAAGGUUUGACACACGAGGGCGUUGCUAAAAAAUCAAUUUUAACGAUUCGAAAUACCGACAAUCUGUGUCUACCGCGCUCGUUAGUAACAGCGCGCGCGUACGCGGAAAGGGGUGAGAUACGCUCAGGGGCUCUGCAUUCUAGAUGGCAGCGUAUACGACAGAUUAACGGGUCGCUUCAAAAAGAGGCGGCGCUUGAGCUCACGAGAAGCGCAAAUGUUGUUAUACAGCCCGCUGGCUGCGGUAUGCGCGAAAUUGCUAUGUACCAGAAUUAUUUGGCUCGCGAGGGGUUAGCUAUCGUGGUUUUCGAGUUUUUGACUUUGGGGCGACGCGAAAGACCGGUGUUUGACGGUACACAGACGGUUAUGGCUACAGUAGGCUCAGUCCGGCACACGUUAUACAUUCUGUAUUAUGAGCGGUCGCAUCAUUUCCAGCCUAUCUUGAAUCUGCGUGGUGCUGUAGGCAGCUUAAACUUCUGCGCAAUCUGUAACGCCCGUUCUCGUCGGGAUCAUAGAUGUUUAAAAAAGAAAUGCCCUCGCUGCCUUCAAGCACCGCCCUGCGCUCUGGGAGCAGCUGCCGCGAUCAGAUGCGAGACAUGUAACCGCGAUUUUUUUGGGGAACAAUGUUUAGAAAAUCACAGGGCUGUUACCAUCCGUCGUAAACACAGGGUAAACACUGUUUGCGAGUCUCUUCAGCGGUGCCGUAACUGCUUUCGCGCGAUAAGAUCUUUAGAGAAAAAGACGCAUGUGUGCGGGGAGGGUUUCUGUAAAACGUGUAAAUCGCGGCACCCCUAUAAUCGCCUGUGCUAUAUGAGGCCUAUUCGCGUCGAUGAGAGGCCGAAAGAGAACAUAUUCAUAUUCUAUGAUUUUGAAACGCAGCAGUGUACCCCUGUAAAAGGUGAUCCUACAACGCGCGUUCACGAACCGAAUCUUUGCGUAGCUCAACGUGUCUGCACCAAGUGCUGCGAUAAUGUUUCUAUAGACGAGCCGUGCGAGCAUUGCGGGGAUCACGAGUUUAUAUUUAGGACGAAUCCUGUGUGUCAACUUGUGGAGUUAGCCAUACAGAGUAUGCCGAACUUCUCUCACGUAUUUUUAAUAGCCCAUAACGCCGGUGGUUUCGAUGCCCAGUUUAUCCUGCGCUACCUCAUCGAGGAGAAAAAAACGCAGCUCCCAUCUUUAAUAAUGAACGGUACUAAAAUCAUCACAAUGCGCGUUAGCAAACUCGUGUUUCUCGACAGCUUGAACUACUUUCACAUGCCUCUGAGUGCACUGCCUAAAUCUUUCGGUCUAAAAACUGCUCUCGCCAAAGGAUCUUUUCCGCAUCUGUUCAAUAGGCCCGAGAAUCAAAAUUAUAUUGGGCCGAUGCCGCCUGCAGCCGAUUACUCUCCCGACACUAUGUGCCCGGAGGAACGCGAGCGUUUUUUUGCAUGGUAUAACGAGUUAAAGAAUGCCUCUUAUGUAUUUAACUUUUCAAACGAGCUCAUAACCUAUUGUAAAAACGACGUUACGAUAUUGAGACAGGCCUGUGUGGUUUUCCGGAAAAUGUUCAAGGACAGCGGACGCGUUUGCCCGUUUAGCGAAAACACAACAAUCGCGUCCGCCUGCUUUCAAAUCUUUCGAAAAAAUUUUUUAAAACCUAACACGAUCGGUAUUAUACCUACGGGCGGUUACAGAUGGGCUCACAAUCAGUCAAAAAAAGCGGUCUCUUGGCUCGUGUGGAUGGAGCAUUCUUUAAAUCGUCGUAUCAUUCACGCAGGACGCUCGCGCGAGUUUAAAUUGCCUCAAAAUUUAUUAGUAGACGGUUACUACGAAACACCUGAUUCAGCCCACGUGUUACAGUUUCACGGUUGCUAUUGGCACGGGUGUUUGAGCUGUUUCACUGUAAACAGAGACCGUGUACAAGGCGACGGUGAUACACUGAACGAGCGUCUCGAGAGAACAAACGCUAUAUCGCAGAGAAUCCGCUCAAGCGGCUACACGUUAACCGAGAUUUGGGAGUGCGCGUAUGACCGGAUGAUAAAAACAGAUUUAGAGAUGAGCGCUUUUGUGAGUGAUCACCCUCUGGUUCGAGCGGAGCCUCUCAAUCCGCGCGAUGCUUUUUUCGGUGGUCGCACGGAAAACAUGGUCACUCUGUACGACGUGAAAGACGGGGAGCAGAUACGAUAUGUUGACGUUUGCUCUUUGUACCCAUACAUCUGCAAGUACGGCAAAUAUCCGGUGGGCCAUCCAACGGUAUACGUCGGCGACGAGUGCAGGGCGCUGACAGGUCCCGAAAAUAAUAUCAGUCUUUCCCGCGUCGAGGGCCUUGUUAAAUGUACAGUGCUUCCACCGCAAAAUCUUUAUCAUCCGGUGCUGCCGGUGCGAAUGCAUCAGCGCCUGUUAUUCGGGUUAUGUCGUAGCUGCUGCGAAACAAUGAACCAGGACGCGUGUCCUCAUGAAGACCCCGCGGAGCGUGUGUUUAGCGGUACUUGGGUAGUGGAUGAAUUGCGAAAAGCUAUUGCGUGCGGGUAUAAAAUAUUAACCGUGAGCGAGAUUUGGCAGUAUAAUAUAACGCAGUACAACCGCGAUACACAAAAGGGGGGCCUUUUCACCGGGUACAUAAACACUUUUCUUAAAAUCAAACAAGAGGCUAGCGGUUGGCCCGAGGGUUAUGCAGAUGACCAGGCUGCCCAAGAGCGUUAUAUAACUGCUUUUAAGACAGCCGAAGGGGUUCAGCUGGAGCGGGGUGCGGUAGCGAAAAACCCGGGGCUGCGCUCGGUAGCCAAACUUUGUCUUAACUCCUUUUGGGGUAAAUUUGGACAACGCGAAAAUUUACCGCAAACAGAAAUAGUAUCGACACGCGCAAAAACUUAUGGAGCUGCUAAAUAG